AUGUUCUCAUUUGCGCCUGUCUUAGUGCUUCUCGUCAUUGGCAAUUCGGAAGCCGGUCCGUAUGCCCGCGAUAGCGUCGAUAGAUUACAGGAUAUCGGCCUAGCAAACUUGGAGUCUCAUCUGGCCAGACUUCCACGAGCGUCUGGGUGCUCUCUUGAGACAGCCAUCAAGAGAAAGGAAUGGUCAUCUCUCGCAGUCGAGGAAAGACUGGACUACAUUAAUGCGACCAAACGCCUUGCAAACAAGCCGCCAAGGUAUUCGAUGGACGAGGUUCCUGGGACGAGAAGCCGAUACGAUGACUUUGUGGCAACACAUAUACAGCAGACUUUGAGUAUUCACUUUACUGCAAAAUUUCUUUCUUGGCACAGAUAUUACGUAUUUGCGUAUGAGCAAGCACUAAGAGAUGAGUGCGGAUACCGAGGCUACCAGCCGUAUGAGCACUGGCCAUACUAUUCUUCAGAUCCGCUGAACUCCCCUGUUUUCAAUGGGAAUGAUAGCAGCAUGUCGGGCGAUGGUGCUAAGGUUGCGCACGAUGGCAUACCCUUCGGAAAUAUCACAAUCCCACCAGCCAAUGGUGGCGGCUGCUUACUAGGAGGUCCAUUCAAAGACUUUGAAGCACAUCUUGGGCCGGUCGCGUCCCGGCUCAAAGACGUUCCCCCAAAUCCACGGAAAGACGGGCUUGGAUACAACCCCCGCUGUCUGCGACGCGACAUUAAUCCCGAAUCUUCGAAAUUCACUUCAGAAACUUACACUUAUGAUCUUAUCACCAAGAACAAGGACAUACACUCGUUUCAGACUUCGAUGCAGGGCGACAUGCAAAGAAGCAACCCCGGUGUCCACGGAGGAGGGCAUACCACGAUAGGUGGAGAUCCAGGUGGUGAUUUCUUCAACUCCCCAGCUGAUCCGGCCUUUUGGCUACACCACGCCAUGAUUAACAGAACCUAG